AUGGGCGCAUCUUUACUGACAAGAUGUAGAUACCAGAGCGAUGCUAUCUCAAGCAUCACCACGACGAUUGGCUACUUGUCGGCUCUAAUUUCAGUUCUAUCCCAGGCAUUAUUGCCUCGCGCGAAGUUCAUGAAGAUUAUGUUCUUCGAUUUACUUGCAACAUGUGUAUCUGCGUCUCUGUGCUGUCUCACGAUAUUAUGUGCUAUCAAAGCGAGGGAACACGGUCUACCUCCCAACGCCACUGAAAGCGAGCGCAAUGGCUUCAGCAGCAAUGCCUGCGCUGUCUCCGCGGUAUGGCUUAUUUUGAUUAUCUGGGUAUCCAACUACUUUCGGGCACUUAAGCCUCCAGAGUUGACAGACCCCAUGGUCGCGUUCUCGAUCUUUGCUGGUAUCACCAUUACACGUGCAGGCACUUUCACAACACUAACAGAAGGCCUUCAAUUCGUUGAAAAGCUGUUGAAAGGUUUCAUGAUCGGAUUUGCGAUUGCGACAGCUGUUUCCCUUUUUAUCUAUCCCGUUACCAGCAGAGGCAACGUGUUCCACGACAUCAGAGACUACGCGACGUCUAUUGACGAUGUCCUCGACUCGCAGAUAUCGUUCGCUGAAGGCGAUGCAAUGAAUGAGAUAUUCACAGGAAGAGGGUUUCUCCAUCGGACACGGACUGCAAUGAGCAGUCGGGAUGGUGGUCCAUCGGAGCGCGAUAAAAUGAUGGCCAAGCAGAACCGCCUGAAGGCUACCAUGGCCAAGCUCAACGGCCUACAUGCUAAACUACAUGCGGACCUUGUGUAUUCCAAGGAUGAGAUUGCAUGGGGUAAGUUGUCAGCAAAAGAUCUCAGCAAUAUCACGACUCUGCUUCGGACCCUUCUGCUUCCACUUGCGGGAAUGUCGAUGCUACCAGAGAUUUUGCAGUCAAUAGUGAAGAGCGAGGGCGUUCGUGAUGAUGACUUGGAUGAUCUCGACGAUGUCAACGAGGAAGCCUUGAAACAGUCUGAGAUCCGAAAGGUCGGGGAUACCCAUCUUUCACGGCUCGUUGACGCUUCUGUGCUCGUUAAAGUCGGACUGCAAUAUUUCUUGCUCAAAACGGAGCUCAUCAAGGCCAAGAAUCUGGAAAAGAAAAGGAAGGUGGAUAGCGAAGUCGCCGCUGGAGAUGAAGAGGCUAGGGGCGAAUCUCUAAGCCCUCUCCAAGCGGACUUUGUGACGCGAUUUGAACAGGAGCUCCACAGCUACUACUCUCGAAGGAAGUACUUACCCAAAGCAUUGGCAUCUCUUGAGGCAUUCUCGACCAAUGAGAAAGCUGCGGCUGGCUCUAGUGGAUCUGAAGCUCGAACCUUCGCUGUCGAUAAUGAUGUGCGACAGGAGUUCUUCCUUAUUCUGUACAUGGGGCAUCUGCAAGACACCCUGUUGAAUGCGACCCUGCAGCUGGUCAAAUUUGCCGAGAGUAAAGUUACCGACGGCACUAUGAAACGGGGUCGAUUAAUCUUCCCUAAACAAACAUCUUUACGGGAGUGGUUCUCGUUGAGUUCAAGUUCGGGCUCAGAGAAGAAGGGGAAGAAUGACACCAAGAGACAAUCAGAUACAAGACAGUCAUCCCAUGUGGAUCUUUCAGUAGAACAGCACAUUAAACCUUCCACGGGGUUACCUGAUCCGGAUCAUCUUCCACCUGAAAAUAUCUUUGAGAGGAGUAGCACAGUUCUCAGGACCAUCUCUCAUGUUCUCAAAUCUGAUCAGAGCAUCUUUGGAUUCCGUGUAGCUGCUGCUUCAUUCUGUAUUGCUAUUUUGGCUUUCCUUCAUCAAACACAAAACUUCUUCAUCGCACAACGAGGUAUCUGGGCCUUGAUCGUCGUCAUCAUUGGCAUGAACCCAACAAGUGGGCAGUCUCUGUUUGGCUUUGCGACACGUAUACUUGCCACGGUCUUUUCAAUGGUUCUCAGUCUUAUCGUUUGGUAUAUUGUCGACGGAAAGACGGCUGGUGUCAUCAUCUUCCUAUACAUCGGCAACGUUUUCGAGUAUUUUGGGGCAAGUGUCAUCUCCAUUGUUACCUUCAAUGUGAUCAUAGGCUACUCGCUACAAGUCCGCAAAAUUGGCGUGUACGAAGCGGAAUCCAAUGGCCAAGCCUACUACCCAAUCUACGUAUUCGGGCCAAUCAAACUCCUAUGUGUGGUCAUAGGUUGUGCGAUAUCCUUCUUCUGGGUGUUAUUCCCCUUCCCGAUAACCGCCAAGUUCAAGCUCCGCCAGCUCCUCGGCAGCAGCCUCUUUGUCCUAGCAAAAUUCUACAGCGCCAUGCACGCAACCAUCCAGCUCUGGCUUUCUAAUGACCUUGGUAGCACACAAGACCUGCAUUCACCAGCCUACCAACUCCAAACCUCCCGCCGCAAGAUCCUCAAGCAGGAAAUGAUGCUCCUCACCGCUCUUCGCAUGCACAGCCACUUCACGACAUUCGAGCCUCCCAUCGGCGGAAAAUUCCCAAAACAAAUAUAUGACAGUAUGAUCGGCGAAGUCCAACGAAGUCUGUGGAGUAUGUCACUGAUGGCACACACGACACAAAGCCUAGAAGGACUCUCGGCUGGAAAGGAGAAUGCAAGUCAAGAGACCGAAGACCAAGACCACUGGAAGGAGAAACUUGCAGACAUAGCAUUGAAAUCUGUGGAUUUCAACUCUCACAAAAUCACCUCACUACUCUGCCAUCUCUCAGCCGCGAUAGCAAACGGCCAGCCUUUACCUCCCUACCUUUCGACUCCGGACUCGUUCCCUCUCGCGCGGCAGAUGAAGAAAAUCGAUGAUGAGCUGUUGAACAUUCGACACGUUGCGGACCCUGAGUUCUCGGCUUUCGUCGCACUGGAGGUGUUGAGGUCUGUUAUUAGUUUCAGCUUGCAAGAUUUGUUAGAGUGA